AUGGUCUGGCGGCGGCGGUAUAAAGUAGUGGAAAAGGGCGGCGGUGUGGGGGAAGUUGUGCAGGUGGCGGUGCGGGAUGUUGGCGUCAACGCCGGGGAGAACACACCGCCGCUCUACAUCACUUCCCUGAUGGACACCAGCAGACGAAAUAAAGCCUUUGAUGGGACCGGCUGUAGUAGAGACGGAUCACCCUGUUAUGCCUGUGCACACUAUCAAGAUCGUAUCGUGCAGCUGGAGGCACAGUUAGAGUUUAUGGAAAAACAAAUGCAUGUUAAUAAUAUAUUGAAUGCCAUGAUGAAUAGUUUGGCGACUCAACAUAAUCUGAGUCAAGGGUCUGCUCUCCCAAGCACAAAAAGUACCGGAGGCUCCCGAACACCAUCUUCACGGCGCCAUCGAAAACAACAACAACAACAACGAGAAGAAGAAAGGCAGAGAUCAGAAUCUAAGGAUGAAGGUGAUGAACAUCCAACACUUUUAGAAAUGAUGCAAGAAGAACUUAGGCGCCAAGAUUUACUGCAUGCUCUAAUGAAUCUACUAGAGCGUCCAACCCCAGUGGAAGCAGCUCGUAGCGCCGAACGACUCGUUCCAGAACACGUGAAAUUACUUCGAAAGGGAGUACCUGAACAUUAA